AUGAUGACGCAUCUACCGAUCCGGUUGCAUCAAGUAGCGUCACCGCAAACUGAGCAAACUAUAGCUAUUUCUUUUCAACAGCCGGGCUCCGGCUAUAUUGAUAGUGAAAUAACAAUCGAUAAUUGUUACAGUUCAGUAAUGGAUCAACUAAGACAGCCUAAAUUCCAUGUGAUUGAGUUGUUAGAACCUCCAUAUGCAGACUAUGAUAAGUAUAUUUGCGUUCCAAGUUCUUGGAUCAGACUACGCGAAACGGACGAUGGUGUAGUUCUCGUCAAAUUUCCAACGGAAAAGUUAUCAAAAACGAAGAAACGUGUGAAGAAAGAAGAAAAUUUUUCAAAUGACUGGUCAAUUUUCAUGGCAGAAGUAAAAUAUAGCACAGAUUCCUACAAAGACGCGAAAGAAUAUAUCAAGAUACUUGACAAAAUAUUGAUUCAGGGACAAAGGCGUUCAAAAGGAAUCAGAGAAAAUAGAGCACCUACACCUGACAGCGAAAUUCUCGAUUUACUAACAGAAUCAAAUACGAACGGAAAUUGUGAAGCUUUAGGUCUACCGAACAAUGACCCAAAACAAAUGAACAAUCAAGCUACAUCACAGCUAUUGAAAAUUAGUACUUCCGAGUUGGGAGAGCGCCAAGAAAUAACUAAAAUAGUUGACCUCGCAGAUUCUACAGACAAGACUGAAAGAUACUUGACAAGACAGUCACUUAGACAGUCUGCACCAACCAACAAUUAUAAAUUACUAAAUCAAAUUAAAAAGCUUACUUUAGAGGAGACUAACAAAAGUGUUCAAAAAAGUGAUAACGUUGAAAAUCACAAAGAGAAGACACCACUGAUAAAGACGCCUCCAGAGCUAACAAAUGAAUCAGGGGUUUUAUCUGCUCUACAAUCACUCUUGGGUGAUAACUAUAAAGAAAUAUUAGAGCAUCUGCAUUCUGAAUUCGAAAAUAACCUAAAAAUAUUAAACAACUUAGAGCACAUUUUUCUCAAAAACUGUGUAUUAUUAAAAAAUUUGAUUGAUAUAGUAGAUCAAGUCCAUGAUGGUGAUCAAAAUGAUCAUAAUGUUGCAAUUAAAAAAUUAAAAAAGCAUAUGACAGAGGAAGUGAAUACGAAAACAAAUAAUGAAAAAAGAACUGGAUCGGAAGUAAAAAAUUGUGAUAAAAAUGUACCAGGUGGCGAUGAAAAUAAAGGAAAUAAAAAUAGUAAUUCAAUGAAUAAAAUUCAUGGUCAAGCACGCGAGUUCAUUUUACCUCCAGAGUAUGAUCCAAAUGACUCACAAUGGUCGCUUAAGCAUCGCAAAAAGACGAAAGAUCUCGUUGAACUUAUACCUCAAUCAGGUGUCUACGUAAACGCUAUUAAACUGAAACAUUGUCUCAGGAUGUCAAAGGACAGUAAAACCCUUGCACGGAUGUUAUUGGUAGAAGUUUUCAGCGAGAGCGCACUAAGUGUAUGUUCAUUGACUGGGAAAAAAGCCAAUGUAUUCGAUUUAGAAGGUACAAGCAUAAGACCUGGGCUGGAUGAACAUGCAAGAACUGUUUUAUUAAACUACGUGGAGCAAUACGCUUUUGAGAAUAAUUGGGUUAAAUUAGAUAUACACACUAUUUCGAACAGCCUUCGUAAUAAAAUGCAAGAAAUGAGAGCUAAGAAAGAUAAAAAACUUCGGGAUGUCUAGUCUGAUACAAAAGUUUAAGUAACUCAUGAUAAGGUGAAAAUUACAAAAUGGAGUAACUUUUGACUUCAAAAAAUAUCUAAAAUCAUUGACGAAUAAUUUUGUUCAUAAAAAUAAUUAAUAAUUGUAAUUUUUGAAUUAAUAAGUUAAUAAAAGCAUUUAAAUAACUAUUGAACUUUUUGGUUAGUGAAUAAUAAACAAGCGUGCAAUUAUUAACAGAAAUAUAUUAAUGG